GUAAAAUUUGCUAUUAUUUAUUUGAUCAAGAUACAAUUAUUCUUAAAUGCUAAAGCCACGGUGCUAAUAAAAUAAAAUGCAAGAUGUUUUCCCUGAUUCUCACUGGGAUGCGUUUGUUUGAAAUGAUAAAUAGCGAUGCAGAAUUACCAAUUCCACCGAACACUUGGUUUUACCUGAAGAGUUACAUCAAGAGAUGAACGGGGCUGUGCGCGGCUGGCCAUUCGGCCCGGUGUCACGUUGAUUUCCAGUCUGGAGGAUCACCCUGAAGACCCUCCCUCCCCACACCGCGAGAUAAGAGGCACACAGAUCAUAUGGGAUUAGCGACACCAGCAAUCCUCCAGAGGAAGAUUUAGUGUUUGGAGAGGCAAUGAGGAUGAAGAUGUUGUUUUGCAGCUUGCUGUUUGUGUUGGGAGGAGAUGUUCUCCUGGCCUGCUCUCUGAAGAACUACACGCUGUACGUGGAGAGACACGAGUGCGGUCACUGCAUGGCCGUCAACACCACCAUGUGCAGCGGAAUGUGCUUCACACAGGACACAAACCUCAGAGGAUUUGUGGGCAAGCGUUUCCUGAUUCAGAGAGGAUGCAUGCAUCGUUCUGUGGUCUAUCAUUCGGCUAAGAUGCCCGGCUGUCCUGUCCACAUUGACCCGCUCUUCUUUUAUCCGGUGGCACGCCGGUGCCGCUGCACAAAAUGCAACACUACCAGGAACGAGUGUGUUUACAAGCCCAAACACACUCCCAGCAAAUGCUCCGAGCACCUGCGUGCCGUCUGACAUCAGUCGACAAGGGGCUUUCCUCACAAUAAAACUCAGUUCUGAUAACCUUCUUUUAGAAAGUGUUUCUCAUUUCAGCUAUAGAGAGAGUAAACAAUGUGACUGGUUUUGUAACAAUGCUGUAUAUAUAAUAUACACACAAAUACCAAAUUCAGUUAUAAUGUCUUGAUGAAUAUUGUAGGUGAGAGACAGUCUUUUUUCAUUGUGGUUCUCCUGUCUGUAUCUUUUUCACUAUAAAUGUCUGCAUUCAUCACUAAAGUCUCAUUUACUGUAACUCUGUAAAAAUAAUAUUCACACAUUAAAAAAAAAAACAACAAAAAAAAAAACAAGCAUAUGCUUCCAUAGAAAAAACAUUACUAGAGCACCAGAAUAAACAUACUAAACUAAAAUAACAAUUAAAAUCUCCACAUAACAAUGAACUAUUCUUACCUUGAUCUUUUAUGUAUGAGAGCAAUUUAUUUGACUUCUUAGGUUACAUCAGAAAGGCUUGCAAAAUAUAUUUAUAUAUUAAUUGCACAGUUUGCCAACUACAUACGUAUGCAUGUGUGUCUAAGGACAAUGUAUUUUUAAACUGUUACUGAUUGAUGAUGGUGAUGACUCACACAUUUUAUUACCAAAGUAUAUAAAUGAUGUCGUGAAAACUGAAAAAUAAACAUGAAUCAUAAAAUUUGGUUUGGCAUUGACAUAUUAUGAAAAAUGUAUGCAAAUUCGGGAUCUGUGCGAUUUAUGUUCUCAGUGCCGCUUCCAUAACUAUCACAAUCAGUUUUUGCCUUCAUUAAGCUUUGACUAAAAAGCAGAACAGAUCAUUAAAAAAAUGUCCAAUUAUUUAUAUGGUCAUAACAUAGCAAUGUGGUUUCCAAGUGAAAGUGUAUUUCUGUUGUGUUUAGGACAUUUACAGUUUUAAAUAUAUAAUUGAUUUUCCUUUAUUUGUCCAACAUCCCAUAGUGAUUCAC